AUGGAAGACAAUUUGGAUGCACGGCUUGCUGCAGAGGUGACCCAACUCUCCACAAGAUUGGUCACCGAGGUUGCCAAGCUGCUGCAGUUGGAGGAAACCAUCUUGCAGCUCCGCAAAGAGUCAGCAAGACUAAAUGGACGAAUUGGUGAACUUAGAGCAGACAAAAACGCAGCCGAAGAGAAAAACAAGCAGUUGGAAGGUGAGGUGGAAGACUUGACUGCGUCGCUUUUCAACGAGGCUAACGAAAUGGUGUCGAACGCCAGCCGAGAAACCUACAACUUCAAGAUGAAGAAUCGCAAGUUGAUUGAGGAGCUUUCCGAGAAGGAUACCAUCAUUGAGUCGCUUCAAGACCAACUCAAAGACCUCAAACUGAUGUUUCUCAAGUUGGAGGACCAACAGCGGGCGCUGCGGGCCAACACCCCACGCAUGGACCACCAAUUUGACUUUCAGAAGGGCCCUAUCGAAACAGAAGAGGAGCUUCUUCUAUUACUGCUGCAGAUAUAUGGCCCAUGUGUGCGAGCAUUACGCUUCGACACCUCGGCAUACCAGGAGGAUUUUAAAGGCUUUAUUUACCAACUCAUAAAGCCGGACUUCCAGUUCGAUUUGGCUUCGCUCAAGAAUCUCAAGUACUUUCGUAAGAUUUGGGUAGAGGAGAUCGAGCCGUGUGUGGAACACAUUCCGCUGCUCAGUGGCAAUUUUAUGAAUCGUUGGAGUAAGGGCAAGACCUUCUGGGGGUUGUUGGUGGAGGGCCGUGCCAUCAUUGAGCCUGUUUCCGGAGUCAACGAGACGUUCAAGUUGACUUACAAGGGCGCCAAAACGGGAGACGAGAUUCCUGUUGCCAUCAAAGACCCUUGUGUAUUCUGUGGAGAAUGCAAGGACGACAUGUUGGAGCACGCACGCUUGUACAAUCUCAAGUUGUAUGGCCCAGCUUCUGAAACUGGAGGUGCUGGUAACACGCGAGAGAUCGCUGGUGAGGCACAUGAAGUGAUUGGAACACAUCCGCUUUGUAACUUCUGUCUCGUGAAGUUGCGAACCAUCUGUGAUUUCUUCGCCAAGUUGCGGAUGAUCCAUGGUAAUAUCUACAAAUUGAAGCAGAAUUCAAGUUAUGACGACAUUGCGUUUGUUCUGAACUUCCAAUUCAAGCGUGCCGAGGGCUCUGUUCAUGGUCUGGACCCAUUGGACGAACCUGCGGUAUUGAAACUAUACAUUAUGCUACUUGUUAUUAGAGCCAAGCUCUUCUGGAGCAAGAUUGGAAUCUGGGACACCGAGGAGGAUGUUCAGACCAUAUCUUUGGACGAGAUCAACAUUGAUGUUUUUAGAAAGGUUAUUCGUGAUAACGUUGCAUUCAAGCACUUCCAGUCACAACAAGUUCUUGACGACCACCAGGUCGCAAUGAAGACAUCUGCCGAGUACGAUAGAGAGAUUGGGGUAACGAGGGAGCCAGAUUCAGAUAACAAGGUGGAGACAAUGAAUGCAACCUCUGAUAAAGGGGCCAUAGAAGAAGAUUUAACAGAAAAGGAUAAUAGCGAGGAUGAGGAAUUCGCAGACACCUCGGAGAUGUUAGAUAUCGAGGGAGAUAAGGAGGUGAAAGAGGAGAAGGAGGUGAGUCAAGAAAAAGAGGAGGAAAAGGAUUUGAAAGAAGAAAAAGUUGUGGAAAAAGUGGUGAAUGGAGAGGCAGAAAAUCAAGAUGUCGUUGAGGACACCAAGAAAUCAUCACUGAAACGCAAGAAAGGACGCAAGGGCAAAGGAAAGAAGACCAUUGAACAAGAUCUCGAUCUGACCAUGGAAAUGUUAAAGGAGAGUUUGUAA